AUCCCCAUAUAGUGUUUUACUCACUUUAUCUUUUCUUCUUUCUCGUUCAUAAACCCUAGCUAGUGUAGUCGAUGGCUGGUACGUACGGUUACGAAGGCGGCGGAUCUGCUCCGCCACCUAGUGGCGGAGGAGGCGGCGGGUAUGGAUCAGGCGGGGGAGGAUAUGGUGGUUCAAGUGGUGGUUAUGGAGGCAGUGGCGGAUCAUACGGUGGCGGUGGUAGAGGAGGUGGUGGUGGUGGAGGUGGUCGAGGAGGUGGAGGAUAUGGUGGUGGUUCCCAUAAUCGAGGAGGUGGCGGUGGAUACCAAGGGGGAGAUCGUGGAGGUGGCGGCGGAUACCAAGGAGGAGAUCGUGGAGGGGGCGGCGGAUACCAAGGAGGAGAUCGUGGAGGUGGCGGCGGAUACCAAGGAGGAGAUCGUGGAGGUCGCGGCAGCGGUCGUGGUGGAGGAAGUGGUAAGGAAGGUGAUUGGCGUUGCCCUAACCCAAGUUGUGGAAAUUUGAACUUUGCUAGAAGAGUUGAAUGUAACAAAUGUGGUGCACCUUCACCUGCUGGUUCUGAUGAUCGUGGUGGCAGAGGUGGUGGUAGCAAUUAUAACAGAGGUGGAAGUGAUGGGGGAUAUGGAAAUAGUCGAGGGGGAAGAGGUGACAGCUAUGAAAGCAGAAAUGCUGGAGGUGGUAGAACUGGUUCUUAUGGUGGUAGUCAGGGAAGAGAUGGUGGUGGUUAUGCUCAAGGUCCUCCACAUGCUCCUCCAUCUUAUGGGGCAGCUGAUGGCAACUAUCCACCACCUUCUAAUACUUACGGUGGAAACCCUGAUGCAGUCACCCCGCCCACGAGUUAUGUUGGUGGACCUGCAUCUUAUCCCCCUUCGUAUGGUGCCCCUGGUGGUUACGGUGGGGAUACACCAGCUGAUGCCCGUGGGGGUGGACGGGGUGGCCCGCCUGGUGGAUAUGAUGGGGGAUAUGGCAGUGGUGCCCGGAAUGCAGGAGGUGGUUAUGGUAGUUCUCCAGCUGAGGCUCCGGUAAAGGUCAAGCAAUGCGAUGAGAGUUGUGGAGAUCUCUGUGACAACGCAAGAAUAUAUAUCUCAAAUUUGCCUCCUGAUGUGACCGUUGAAGAACUUAGAGAACUUUUUGGGAGCAUUGGACAAGUGGCAAGAAUCAAGCAAAAACGAGGCUACAAAGACCAGUGGCCUUGGAGCAUAAAGCUAUACACAGACGAACAGGGAAAUAACAAAGGAGAUGCAGUUCUGUCAUAUGAAGAUCCUUCUGCAGCGCACUCUGCCGGCGGCUUUUUCAAUAAUCAUGACUUCAGAGGUUACAAAAUCACUGUUGCGAUGGCUGAAAAGUCUGCACCAAAGCCGCCUCCGGCAUUUGGUUCUGGCCGUGGCGGUCGAGGAGGUUAUGGUGGUGGUGGGCGCAGGGAUAACUAUAGAGACGGUGGAGGUUCUGGCCCAGAUAGACAAUUUCAUGGUGGAAACCGUUCACGUCCUUAUUGAGUUCCAGCCAAGCAUUUUAUGUACUAAAAAUUUGUGGUGGGAGGGUUUUUUAAUUAGUUCCAUUUCAAGAUAUACUCUCUGUGACUUAAAGAGGUAGGCUGUUUACUCGCUUUCACUUGAGCAAUAUCCACCUUUUUUCCUUUCUUACUGCUACUUGGGGUAUCGGAAGGGAUGGGGUUUUUCUAGUCAGAACCUUUUUUGAUAUGUUGAAUGUUUUGAUAGAGGCGAUUGGAUAAUCUGCAAAUUGCUGCUAAGGUAGGUGAAAUAUUCAGGUGAGUGUUACUACUGUGGAAAACCAAAUACUCUGGUAAUUCUAUCUGAAUGAUGUUUGGUCUCUGUAGGGUGAUUUUGCUUGCAUGUCGGAGAUGCUAGCAUCAGACCUUGUAUAAUGAAUUUGUUUCCUUUA